GCUGGAGAACAAGGGCAGUAGCUCCAGGACGAGGGCAGGGGAGGCGGCAGGGAGGGCCGGACCAGAGGCCCAGGGCGCUGGAGCUGGCGGGAGCCGGACCCGGAGCUCCCACAGCUGCCCCUUCCCUGGGUCGGGUCAUGCGCUGCCCCAAGUGCCUCCUCUGCCUGUCAGCACUGCUCACACUCUUGGGCCUCAAAGUGUACAUCGAAUGGACGUCAGAGCCUCGGCUUAGCAAGGCCUACCCCGGACCCCGCAGCACCCCGCCAGGCCCCACGCCAGCCUGCCCUGAGCCCACCCUGCCGGCUAACCUUUCAGCUCGUCUGGGCCAAACUGGCCCGCUGCCCAUGGCUUACUGGAACCAGCAGCAGUGGCGGCUGGGGACCCUGCCCAGCGGGGACAGCACUGAGGCGGGAGACUGCAAUGCCUGGGGGGCUGCUGCUGCUGCCGAGAUCCCAGACUUCACCUCCUACCCUGAGGACCUCCGCCACUUCUUGCUGUCGGCAGCCUGCCGGAGCUUCCCACGGUGGCUGCCUGGGGGUGGCGGCGGCCAAGUGGCCAGCUGCAAGGAUUCUGACGUCCCCUAUCUGCUACUGGCCGUCAAGUCGGAACCAGGGCGCUUCGCGGAACGACAGGCCGUGAGGGAGACAUGGGGCGGGCCGGCUCCGGGGGUCCGGCUGCUCUUCCUGCUGGGGUCUCCGGAAGGCAAGAGGGGGCCUGACUUAGGCUCCCUGGCGGCCUGGGAGAGCCGCCGCUACAGCGACCUGCUGCUCUGGGACUUCCUCGACGUCCCCUUCAACCAGACGCUCAAAGACCUGCUGCUGCUGGCCUGGCUUGGCCACCACUGCCCCAGUGUGCGUUUUGUCCUGCGAACCCAGGACGACGCCUUCGUACACAUCCCUGCCCUGCUGGACCACCUGCGGGCCCUGCCGCCCAGCAGGGCCAGAGUCCUCUAUCUGGGCGAGGUCUUCACCCAGGCCAAGCCCCUCCGGAAGCCUGGAGGACCCUUCUACGUGCCUGGGUCCUUCUUCGAAGGCAGCUACCCGGCCUACGCGAGCGGGGGCGGCUAUGUCAUCGCCGGGCGCCUGGCACCCUGGCUGCUGCAGGCAGCAGCCCGCGUGGCCCCCUUCCCCUUUGACGACGUCUACACAGGCCUGUGCUUCCAAGCCCUGGGCCUGGUGCCCAGGACCCACAAAGGCUUCCUUACGGCCUGGCCAGCGGACCGCACCGCUGACCCCUGUGCCUUCCGCGACCUGCUGCUGGUGCGGCCCCUCAGCCCCCAGGACAGCAUCCGGCUCUGGAAACAGCUGCAGGACCCUCAGCUCCAGUGCUGAGCCUCGGCAGGGAGGGGCAGGCAGACCUGGCCUGGGCCUCGGCACCGGCCCUUGGCUCAGCCUCUCCUUCCAGUCCUCGGUGUGAAAUGGAGCCUGCUCGAGCCCCUCCUGGGCCUCCCCAGGCCAGAGGCCUCCCCAAGAGGCAACGGACUUUCCGUCUUUGUUUUUUAAAAAUACGCUUUCCCUCCUGAGGCCUGGAGUCGCUUGUAUCUGAAGGGUACCAGGGGGUUUUACAGAGCAGAACUCAUCUGUACCCUGAUCUUCACAUCAGACACCCUCCCCAUCCUUAAUGUGCAAGGCCAGCCCCGAUGGCCUCCUGGUCACUGUGCUGGACACCAGCCUGUCCCUAUUCUAUGGGAGACAGGAGCCCAUCUCUGUAGGUCCCCCACCCCUACCUGUCUGCUGAAGCUGACCCUCCAGCUUGCAGAAGUUUCCAAGGGAAAUAGAU